CCCAACAGAGCUACAGUACUACAGACAUGCUGAGACUCGUCCUGCUGACCGUCCUCGCCAGCCUGGCGCUGGCUGUGCCCAGGCCUGAGCCCAGGUACAUGGAGAACGUGGAGAGGGUGGUUGGAGGAGAGGAGGUCAACGCUCGUGGAGCCUGGCCCUGGCAGAUCUCCCUUCAGUGGAAGUCUGACAGCGGCUACAGGCACACCUGUGGAGGCACCCUGGUCACCAGGGACUGGGUCAUGACCGCUGCCCACUGUGUGGACAGUGACAGGGUGUGGCGUGUGGUGCUGGGAGAGCACAGCUUCAACACCAAUGAGGGAACCGAGCAGAUCCGUGAGGUCAGCAAGGUCGUCAUCCACUCCAAGUGGGACCCCACCAACGUUGCUGCUGGCUUUGACAUUGCCAUGAUCCAGCUGUCCAAGCCCGCCACUCUGAACCCCUACGUGCUGCUGGGUGCCCUGCCCGAGCCUGACGAGGUGCUGCUCCACGAGCACCCCUGCUACCUCACCGGAUGGGGUCUUACUGAGACUGGUGGCAGCAUCUCCAACACCCUGAAGCAGGCCCUGCUGCCCGUGGUUGACCAUGCCACCUGCACCACUGACGACUGGUGGGGCAGCACUGUGCAGGAGUCCAUGGUGUGCGCUGGAGGUGGCGCUGACUCUGGCUGCAAUGGUGACUCUGGCGGUCCUCUGAACUGCAGGGUGGAGGGUAAGUAUGUGGUGCACGGCAUCGCCUCCUUCGUCUCCUCCAUGGGCUGCAACGCCCCCCAGAAGCCCACCGUCUUCACACGCGUCUCCAGCUACAUCGACUGGAUGGCCGAGGCCAUGGCCUAAAUCAAUCAAUGUAACUCUACGCACAUCAAGACCUGUGGGGGUGUGGAUGACGAGCUUGAACCCACGUGAAGACCUGAGGACAUCCUCCCUGCAAGACCAAGUUUCUCCUGACACAAUUUUCAGAGUUUGCAAAG